AUGCCCUGUGAUACUAAUAAAAAGCCGGAGCACAACAUCCCUCAUAAAAUCGCUUAUCUCGCGGUGGACGCUAGGUCUGCGUGCGGGCCCAGAUGCGCCCGGGACAGGUGCGAGCGAUCAAUUAACAACGAGCGAUGGCGGAGAUACGCAGCGCGUGCCCGCUCGCACGCCCGCCACGCCGCCCGCCGCCAAGGCAUAAGA